UUAGUCGCGUCUAGCUCAUCACUUUAUUUCAAGAACGGAUUCAUAAAGCAAUUUGCAAACCGGUUAUAACAAUAAUUCUGUUACUUGAUAAUUAACAACAUUGUUUAGUUAUCCAUCAUCUGCAGUCACGAUGAUUUUAGGAAAAUUGUUUGUGUUUACUGUGGUUUUAGGUGUUAGCAUAGCCUAUGCUAGCCCAGCUGACUAUAUCCCAAAAUCCUUCUACCUUAUUGACCAAGAAGGUCAUCAGUCAGCCCCUGUUUCUGUACGAAAUAGAAGGGACCUAAUGGACAAUCUCUCCAGAGUAAGAAGAGGGGGCGGCUAUGCCUCUUCGGGGGCCAGUAGUCAUGCUAGUGCUAGUGCCAGUAGCGGCUCCUUUGCCGGCACUGGUAGUGGAGGAAAUUUCGGAGAGUAUUUUCCUCAAGUGUUCCCAGAUCCAGCAGUAUUUUUUGGCGAACUACAAAAUUUGGUAAACAACAUCCCUAAAGGAGCGGGUGGAUCUGGAUCGGCCUUUGCUAGUUCCAGUUCUAGCUCUAACUCAGGCCUUGGAGGUGCUGGCACUGGUGCUGGUCAAAGCUAUGGAGGAUUAGGCUCAGGACAAGAUGCUGGAUACCAUGGACCUGUAUUAUUCUCGAGAAUGGGAGAAGCUGAAGGUACCGGCGUGCACGUAUCGGGACAAGCUGCAGGACCCAACGCAGCAUUCGCCUCAAGCAGUUCCAGUAUUGACGACAAGGGCAAAAUUAAAUACUCUGUACAAUCCGGAAAAUACUAAUAUGUCUAAAUUUAUACUGUCUUAUAUCGACAAUAAUCAUAAUUUUAUUUUUAGACUGACAAUGAUCAAAAUUUAUUAGUUAAGGUUUUUUUUAUAUGGUUACUUACAGGUCGUUUAAUUAUUUAUGCGAUUUUUUAAAUAUAUAUAUGUAAUAUGGAAUUUAUUGUUUAAGAAAAUAUAUAAAGUCUAACAAA